AUGGCCAGCAUUAAGGACCUCGAGGGGAGGUGGCGCCUGACGGAAAGCCAAGGCUUUGAGGAAUACAUGAAGGAGCUAGGAGUAGGGCUGGCUCUUAGGAAGAUGGGUGCCAUGGCCAAACCAGACUGUGUCAUCACGUGUAACGGCAACAAUAUUACUGUUAAAACCGAGAGCACUUUCAAGACGACACAGUUUUCUUGUACGCUGGGAGAGAAGUUUGAUGAAACUACAGCCGAUGGCAGGAAAACUCAGACGAUCUGCACCUUCACCGACGGUGCCCUGGUCCAGCACCAGAACUGGGACGGGAAGGAAAGCACAAUAACCAGAAGAGUGAAGGAUGGAAAGCUGGUGGUGGACUGUGUGAUGAACAAUGUCACCUGUACUCGGGUCUAUGAAAAGGUGAAGUAAGGAUGCCUCUCCACCCCGGACAGGAGUGAAUGAGCUCAGUUCAACGAGCAGGUCAUAAAUAUCUAUACUGCUUUUUUUUUCUUCAGUUUUAUUUUUCAUGACUGUUCAACCAUCUUUAUCACCAGCACUUUACAUGAAACCCAUGUCAAAGUGUUGAUUUAUCUGGGAUCUUCCUUUUGGUUAGUAAAUAAACGUGUUUGUGCUACUUCAAAAAAGAAGAAGAAGAAGAAGAAGAAGAAGAAGA